AUGGGGAGCAGAAUUAGCUCUGGGUCUAAAGAAUCGAUGAAACGAUCACGAGAGCUUGAAAAAAGACUUCAAGAAGAUGCAAUAAAAGAUUCUAGGACAGUCAAAUUGCUGCUGUUGGGAGCUGGAGAAUCAGGAAAGAGCACUAUUGUGAAACAAAUGAAGAUCAUCCAUAAAGAUGGCUACACUGACCAGGAAUGUCAAGAGUAUAAAUCAGUGGUUUACAGCAACACACUACAGUCCAUUCUGACGAUUGUAAAGGCUAUGUCCACACUAGGAAUUGAGUAUGAGGACUCACAAAGCAAAGAAGAUGAAAGGCAGCUUUAUGCAAUGGCAGAUGCCACAGAGGAUGGUUCCAUGUCUCCUGAACUGGCUGGCAUCAUCAAGCGUCUGUGGAAGGACCCAGGGAUCCAGGGCUGUUUUGAAAGAGCAUCAGAAUAUCAACUCAGUGAUUCUGCUGCUUACUACCUCAAUGAUUUGGACAGACUAACAGCUCCUGGCUAUAUCCCUAACGAACAAGAUGUCCUUCACUCACGAGUGAAAACAACAGGGAUUAUUGAGACACAGUUUUCUUUCAAGGACUUGCACUUUCGGAUGUUUGAUGUGGGAGGACAGAGAUCUGAGAGGAAAAAGUGGAUUCACUGCUUUGAAGGAGUGACCUGCAUUGUAUUCUGUGCCGCUCUUAGUGCCUAUGACAUGGUCCUGGUGGAAGAUGAGGAAGUGAACAGAAUGCACGAAAGCCUUCACCUCUUCAGCAGCAUCUGUAACCACAAAUACUUUGCUACCACUGCUAUUGUACUAUUUCUCAAUAAGAAAGACCUCUUCCAAGAAAAAAUCACUAAAGUCCACCUCCACGUUUGCUUUCCAGAAUACGAUGGACCAAACACUUUUGAAGAUGCAGGAAAUUACAUCAAGAAGCAAUUUUUAGAUCUGAACAUCAGAAAAGAAGAUAAGGAGGUCUACUCUCACAUGACUUGUGCAACAGAUACUCAGAAUGUUAAGUUUGUGUUUGAUGCUGUAACAGAUAUAAUCAUCAAAGAGAAUCUCAAAGACUGUGGACUCUUUUAGAUCUUCACCUGAUACUUUCUACACAGUGUUUCUUUUCUUUCCCAAAGUCUCUUUUUCAUUU